GUCACAGAGCCAAUCCCAGCAGUCUGAGCAAUGUGACAAACUCCAGCAGCGCAUGAACCAACUCAAGAGUUUGCUGAGCGCUGGCCAGCUGGAAGUAAGUAGCUGGAUGGCACGAUACGACUCGCUGAUGGAGCAACACCAGGGUCUGGACCUGACCAUGACCAAAGUAGAAAACCGCUGUGAGCUCUUAGGUCGUCUGAAAGGCAACCUGGAGGAAGAGAACCACCACCUCCUGAGUCAGAUCAACCUGCUGAGUCAGCAGAACCACUCCCUGCUGGAGAGGAGCAUGGAGAGCAAAGAGCUCUCUCACCAGGAACAGAAAGUCUACAUCGACAAGCUGAACGCUCUCCGGCGCCAGAAAGAGAAACUAGAAGAGAAGAUCAUGGACCAGUACAAGUUCUAUGACCCCACACCAAAAAAGAGGAGUCAGUGGUCCGGAGCCAAAGCUUUGGUUAAAUUCAUCAAACCGAGAAAGGAGAACAGCAGAGAACGAGGCGGCGAGCGAGACAAGGAAGGGACCAAAGACCGAGAACGAGCCAAGAGCGCCCCCGAUAUCCCCCUCCCUGCACCCCCGCCCUUACUCCCGCCAGAAACCCCGCCCCUCCCUCCACAGAGGACAGGAAGUGACUCCCAAGACAAUGGCCACACCCACAGCAGUCCUCGCCUAGGCCCCCAGAGUCCACCGUUGACCCCCAGCAGCCGAGGUGUGACAGACCGAGGACGAGGGCUGUAUCGCAGUGGUGAAGAUCCCCAUGGACCAGGUAUGUUCUUAGACCAAGACAAUGACACGGUGUUUGGUCACAUGGGAGGUCGCCCGCGGUCAGCUGACCUCAGUCAUCACACCUCCAGCUCCAACUCACCUGUCAAAUGCAAAGAUGCAUCAGACUGUCAGCGCUGGUCAGGUAGUCUGUCCAGCGAUGAUGUCAUGGGUCUGAGCCAGUCUCAGCAGACUUUGUCCCGGAGUGCGACCCUCCCAUAUGACCACUCACCCCAGCAGGCUCAGCCACAGCGCAGGAACAGGAACAGAGCUCCACCCUCAUCUCCUGGAAGUGAGAUGGUGACGUUGGAGGAGUUUCUGCAAGAGAGCAGCGUGACGUCGCCACAAAUGGUGUCCAUGGGAAGCAAAGAGGACCUGAUGAAGGAUUACUUCACCAGAAGUCCAGAUCCCACUGGCAGCGACCAUGUCACCCCCACCAGCUACGUCACACCCACCGUGCACACCUCCAACCAGAGACCAGGCCAGAGUGUCAGGCCGUCUCCCCGGCAGCCUAUCGGUCAAUCCCCAGACUCCAGUCGGCCGAUAACACCGAGAACCAACCAGUCUCUGAGCAGGACCUUCAGCCUGGCCUCUGCCGAUUUGCUUCGCUCCAAUGGGCCGGACAGUUUCCGGGACGGCGGGUCCCCUAAGCAGUCGGAUCUGGUGAUUCGACGGCAGGGAGGGGCUAAAGGGCGGGAGAGGCCACUGUCCGCCCGUUUGGCCGGGUCAACCAAUCAGCCGGGGGACAGCAGCUUCCUGGCCUCACCCGUCCACCACUCGUCUUCUCUCACCCUGCAGACCGAGAGGGAAUUCGAUAGAGGCUGA